CAGUCGGCAAAGAUGGCAAAGAUGAUAUCGCUCCGGGCACAUGUAGUCGAGCAUAAAAGGACGGCCCUCCUUCAUCUCACCAGUCAGCCAACUCUCAGUGUCGACAUUCCUACAAUCAAAUACACUUGACAGCCUUUACCCGCCAUUCUAUCUAUCAAACUCUCGAAUCCACAAUCAAAAAAACAAAAAAGACAAGAUGCAACUCCUCAACUUUGUCGUCGCUGUCAUUGCUCUCGCCGUUCCCAUUCAGGCUGGGAGUUGUAUCGCACUCGGUGCUUGUGCUGAGGGGAACAACAUCCAAGCAUGCACUUCUGGUUCGUGCCAUCAAAAGCUGGGACAGACCUGCACCAUCAGCGGCUCUACUGUCACCUGCCCUUAAUGAUAUCUUCCGGUGUCACCAGAUCGCUUCUACCGCGGUUAACAAUGGGUUUUGCGGAGGUAUUUCUUUCCCGUAGACUCGUGGUAGACCGUUCGACUCGUCAGGGUUUCUAGAAGUGUACUUAUGCUCUUAGAGCUCUGUCAAUCCUGCCAAGCAUGCUUGAGCCGCAGGGACAUAGCCGCAACCAUAGACAUCAUUGUUCUGGUUCAUUCAAACUGAUCAAGUCGCAAGAGAUGACUAGACUCUCAGGGUCAUGUGGAAUGAUUUGUAGGACUCUGAUUCCGGUCAGCCGGCCUAA